CACGUGUGCUCGUGUUUGGGGUGCACGCAUUUCUGCUCCUUCGGCUGUAGCACAUCCUCCGGAGCCCCUGCAUACACCCAGGGAGGGCACCUAGGCUCCCGGGCAGAGCAAGCCGACCACAGCCCAGCGCGUCUCACUGGAUCCUGGAGCAAACACGCGGCUCCGGCCUGCUGCGCCGCCUUGGAGCGCCUCUCUGCCCCGUCUCCAGCCAAGCCCCUUUCAGUGACAGGGCCCUCCACCGCCCCCCCGGGCACUGAGCCAGGUUCUGGGGCUGCAGAGGGAAGGGAGAGUCGCCCUAAUGUUCACAGUGGGGUGGGCGGGUGCCCACUCGAGGGAGGGCGAAGAGGCCGGAGGCCGAGGGCAGUGUGUGGGAGGGGCUGGCCUGCCCCUUCUCCUGGCUCGGUGGGUAGCAGGCCCCGCAAGAUGCCCGUCAGCCCCUCCCUACGCACGGAGGGGCCGGACCUCAGAGGACCCCCAGCAGGUGCGCGGGGCCUCUCCUCCGCGGAGCCGCUCCCGGGGGCGCACGGACGCCCCUCGCCCCGGCGGACAGCCUCGGCGCACGCGGGCCCGCGCGCCGCCGACACACCUCGGAGCUCCCGGAGCGCGCCCGGCACACAGGGCUCGGCGGCAGGUGCCUCGCCGCGCAGACUCGCGGACCGCGGGGACCGGCUCGGGAGCGGGGCCGGCUGGGGCGGGGCGGGGCGGCGGCGCGCGUUCCCCGCCGGCCACACCGGCCGCCCUGCGCUCGGCGAGGGGCGUGUGCGCGGGCCGGGCUCCCGGGCCCCAUGUUCACCGAGCUGAGGUCCAAGCUGAGCCCCCCGCGAGGCCGCGCCGGGGCCGUGCGCGCGGACUUCGGGGAGCGCCGGGAUGUGGACGCCACUGCCCACUUCAACUUCUGCCGGACCCUCCUGGAGCACACGGUGUCAGCUGAGAGCAUCCCCUGCCACUUGCCUCGGACACCUGGCACCAGCCUCACGUGGCAUGACUCCCGCAGCCAGAGGGCGGCCAGCAGCAGGCCAAUCAAGCUCCUGCAGCAGCCGGGCACAGAGACCCCCCAGGGCCGGCUGUACUCUGACCACUAUGGGCUGUACCACACAAGCCCCUCACUGGGCGGCCUGACCCGGCCCGUGGUCCUGUGGAGCCAGCAGGACGUGUGCAAGUGGCUCAAGAAGCACUGUCCCCACAACUACCUCGUCUACGUGGAGGCCUUCACACAGCACGCCAUCACCGGCCGCGCACUGCUGCGGCUGAAUGCGGAGAAGCUGCAGCGGAUGGGGCUGGCCCAGGAGGCGCAGAGGCAGGAGGUGCUGCAGCAGCUGCUCCGCCUGCAGGUGCGUGAGGAGGGGCGGAGCCUGCAGCUGCUCAGCCAAGCUUCCUUCGGAAAAAUGUCCUAGCUGCUGCUGAGGCUUGAACCCCAGACCCCAGCACUGUGACCGGAGUCCAGGACGAGGGAGGAGGCAGAGCCGGCCCCGUAGCCCCCGCUGGACCCUGCAGGAUGCCCCAGUGACCAGGCUGGCCCAAUGGACAGACAACACCAGGAUCACCAGUUCCAGGCGCCUCUACUUGGACAUUCCAGGCCAUGCCCUGGGGCUGGGUGGGCAGAGGGCUGCUUGAGUGUGGCCCCACCUCCUGGGACCUGGGCCCAAGUCCUCCCCCGGUGCUGCUGGCAGCACAUGAGGCAGCUGCCUAGAGCCAGGGCCGGUUUGGGUGUCCCCCAGACUCCCAGGGAGUCUGUUUAUUUACGUGUGCUUCCCCACGUGAUGUCUGUCCCCCAUCGCCUGCUGAGUCACUUGUCUGUCCACCCCCAGCCCGGUUCUCAGCCGUUCCCCAGCACCUCCAGGUUGGCCCACACAGGUGCCAUGAGCUGCCUGGGCUCCCUGUGGCUUGUGCCCAUGCCAGGGCCCAGCAGGCGUCAUCUAGAGUAGCGGCCAUCGGCACCCACCCAAAGGGAUCAUGCCAAGCACUUUCAUCCUCACCACACCCCUCUAUUCAUGAGAAGUGAAGCCGAGAAAGGCCCAGACUGAACAAGCACCAGAGACAAAAUGUGGCACAAGGACCCUGCACUGUCCUGGUGACUGCACACCCGGGGCCCAGGCUUGGCAGUGCUCCCUGCCCCGUCUUUGGGAAACUCUUGCUUUCACGCGUCUUCCCCACUCCCACCUUCAAGGAACUAGGGCCUUGUGUGUGGGCCUUCCCAUUCCCGCUUUCCCAAGAAGGCCUGGAUUCGGGGGGAGGCCUUCCCAGGGCUGCUCCCCCUAGGCCCGCCCAGAGGCCCGAGCAGCCCCUCCCUGGGUGGUCUGGGGCUGGUGCUGCCUGCCAGGACAGUGAGGGCAGCCCCGGCCGCCCUCGCCCUCUUGCGCCCCUGCCCUCUCCCGAUCCCCUCGGGGCUUCUGAAAAUCUCAGGGACAGAUGAGGCUGAGCCCCCAGUCGGCCUCCAGACUCGAGGCUGGUUACUGCGGGUCCCAGGUAGAAUUUGGACAACUGGCCUGACCGCUCCAAUCCCAUGAGCCCCCACCUCGGGGAAACCCUCAGCCCUGUCCCGUGUGGCAGCCUGAGAGAGGAUUCCACCCACCAUCAGCCUCCGCCCGGGGGGGCCCUCCGGUUCUGUUCCCCUCCCUCCUCCUCGGUCUUGCCCUGCCCCGCCCCACGCACGCCUGUCUCGUCUUCCUUGUUUUGUGCUCACUUUUUUAUACCCUGACAAUAAAUCAAAAGUAAAGCUGGUUCCCAAGGGC